CCACUAUAUUAGAGAAUUAGAUUAUAGAACAGAACAAAACAUUUCACCGAGCAGUUUUGUUUGUUUCAUUCCCUCUCUCGCUCUACACAUACUAAGCUCCUUCUUUAAUCUUUUGCUGCGACUCUUUUGAGUUGCAAAAAUAUGGCAGCAGCUUCGGUUUCACCGACACCACUUCUGAAAGAUGAGUUAGAUAUCGUGAUACCCACUAUUCGAAACCUUGAUUUUCUUGAGAUGUGGAGGCCAUUUCUCCAGCCAUAUCAUUUGAUUAUCGUUCAAGAUGGUGAUCCGAACAAGGAAAUCAAAGUCCCUGAAGGUUUUGAUUAUGAACUUUACAACAGAAAUGACAUUAACAAGAUUUUGGGUCCUAAAGCUUCUUGCAUUUCGUUCAAGGACUCUGCUUGCAGGUGUUUCGGUUACAUGGUUUCUAAGAAAAAGUAUAUUUUCACAAUUGAUGAUGAUUGUUUCGUAGCCAAGGAUCCAUCUGGGAAAGAGAUCGACGCACUGGCACAACACAUUAAGAAUCUGCUUUGCCCAUCGACACCUUUUUUCUUCAACACAUUGUAUGAACCAUACCGAGAAGGUGCAGAUUUUGUUCGUGGGUACCCUUUCAGUCUCCGCGAGGGUGUCCCAACAGCUGUUUCUCAUGGUCUCUGGCUCAACAUUCCUGACUAUGAUGCUCCUACUCAACUCGUGAAGCCUCUGGAGCGGAACAAAAGGUAUGUAGAUGCUGUUCUGACGAUCCCCAAAGGAACCUUGUUCCCCAUGUGUGGUAUGAAUCUGGCAUUCGACAGAGAGCUGAUCGGCCCAGCAAUGUACUUUGGGCUCAUGGGUGAUGGCCAGCCAAUUGGACGCUACGAUGACAUGUGGGCAGGAUGGUGCACCAAGGUGAUAUGUGACCACAUGGGAUGGGGUAUUAAGACUGGUUUACCCUAUAUAUGGCACAGCAAAGCAAGUAACCCCUUCGUGAACCUUAAGAAGGAAUAUAAAGGUAUUUACUGGCAAGAAGAGAUAAUCCCAUUUUUCCAAACCGCAACCCUUUCAAAGGAAUGUGAUACUGUUCAGAAGUGCUACAUUGAACUCUCCAAACAGGUUAAGGACAAGCUUGGGAACAUAGACCCGUACUUCACUAAGCUUGCAGAGGCAAUGGUCACAUGGAUUGAAGCUUGGGAUGAGCUCAAUCCUUCUACAGGCACUAAACUACCCAAUGGAACUGCUUAGUAUGUGAUAUCUUGACAGAAAAAUGAUGCAUUUCUUCACAUGUAUUUGGGGUUGUUAGCUGUUUAAGUUUGUCUUUUCCAAGUGUUGUUGGGACAUUUGCAGUAUCAUUUGCUGUUAUCUCUACUUUCCUAGAACAAUAAAGAUGUUUUUCUUUGUGUCGACCACUA